AUGGGUUGCCAAUGGGAACACAUGGGCUCACAGACCGACCGACCCCAAGACUCGGAGAGGAAGAACAGUUGGCACUCAGCUUUCCAUGCUAACUCUACAACCGAAUACAAGGACUCAAAUUGCUUUGUCUCUGUAGGUUUCUCCAUGCCCAUUCCCAUCCUAGGCCUGCGGGACAUCAACAAGGUGUUCAAAGAUGGCAGCUGCCUGCUGACAAAUGACCGUUUUGUCCUGGUGAGCUUCUUCAUAACCUACUUCGAACCCCUCACAAUCAUAGCGGUCAUCUACAUUCUCACCAUCAGUGCUGUCGUUGCCCUUCAGACUGAAGCUACCCUCUGUCUGGACCAGUUGGUUCUCUGGCCCAAGUUGAGCACCACCAUGACCCUGGGCUUCUUCCCCCAGACCUAUGCCUCAGAGAAGCACUUCUUCAGGUGCUCGCUUAGCUGCGACAUGGGAGGGGUAGGAGGAGGGGUCAUCGGGACCUGGGUGGACCCGUGUGGUGUGAUGGGUCGGGGCUGCUGGCUGUUUGUGUGGGUGGGAUACCUCCCCUCAGCCAUCUGGAAAACACUCCACAAGACACAUUAUGCAGCCUUCUUCUGCUACAUAAGCUUCCAGUACAGACCAGUGAGGAAGCCACAACAGCUCAUACUGGUCAACACCAUCCCUCCAUUGGCAUAA